GUGCCAGUGCCUGGCUGGGGGCCUUCCCUUAGCAGGAGCGCUCAGUGCUGCCAGAAGUGGCGCUCGUUCCCUGGCAUCAGUAUUGCACCUGCUGACCCAGGAGGGGGGGGGUCUGGAGGUGUUGGCCGUGGGGUGGCAUGUAAACCUGAGCUCUUGGCUACUCUGGGUCAUUACAAAUCUCAUGGCACUGUGAAUGUCACAGUGACCUGGCUAGAGUCCAGCUCAGGUUACCAGUCACCUGAGACGUGUUUUGCAUCAUCAGAACAAAGUGGGAUGUGGAACGAGAGUGCGUUGUUUGGGGAAGUGGUAUCAGACCAGCUACCCUGCUGAGUACAAUGCUAACUAGCCCGUCUGCUGUGCACCAGCUGCAUCCUGGGAGCAGGAGCCAGAAGGGACAGGAGGUAAUGCUGAAUGACUCAGAAAAGAAGCAAGACAGCACCAGAAGAAAAAAUAUUUAACUCUGUACAGUUGACAUUUACAGAUGCUAACUAAAAAUGAAUGAAAGCAGAAAAUCAGAUGAGAAAAAUAUUGACGAUAGAAAAGAUGAUAGAGAAGAAUUACUGGAAUUUUCGGAGAACUUUAACCAACUUGAAUUGUUGGAAACACACAGACAUCUAAUUCCUAUAGGAACUCAGAGUCUUUGGUCAGGAGAGUCUGGUGAGGAAGAUGAAGAGGAGGAAAAAAGUGAGGAGUGGUACCAAAUGCAAGAAAAAAAAAUGGAAAACAAUCCAGAAAAACUGCUGCUUUGGGCAGCUGAAAAAAAUCGGCUUAGCACAGUACAGAGGCUCCUUUCUCAAAAGCUAGCUCCCGUUAACGUCCAAGACGAAGAUCAGUACACUCCCCUCCAUCGAGCUGCCUACAGUGGACAUAUAGAUGUUGUGCGUGAAUUGAUUGCCCACGGUGCAGAUGUCCAUGCACUGACAGUGGAUGGCUGGACGCCUCUACAUAGUGCAUGUAAGUGGAACAAUACAACAGUGGCUUCGUUUUUACUUCAGCAUGGUGCAGAUAUCAACGCUCAAACAAAUGGAUUGCUGACACCAUUGCAUCUUGCUGCAGGAAACAGAGGGAGUAAAGAAACACUUGAACUUCUGCUGAUGAAUCGUUACGUGAAACCAAACCUAAAAAAUAACUUGGAUGAAACUGCAUUUGAUAUUGCUAGAAGAACUGACAUAUAUCACUACCUUUUUGAAAUUGUAGAAAAUUGCACAAAUUCUGUGCCAGAUUCUUAAAUUCUCAUUAUUUAAACUUCUGAAUGUGAAUUUCACUUACUUCCUCUUUGUGAGACGGCAUUCUUUAUACUUGCACCCAAAACAAGUGGUUUCUCCCCUCUUCUCAGAAAAGAGUUAAUGGGUGAUAUUGUAGAGGGAGAUCUCAUGAUUAAGAUUUCAUUAUUUUUUGCAAAAUAAAUGACCAUAUACUUACUCAGACUUUGACAUAUCACUUAUAUAGAAUGGGACUUGAGGUGUUCUGCAGGAUAGAGCUUUGGUAAAUUUAGUAAUUUGCAGUGGGUCUCCACUUUAUCAGUGCAAAUUAGCAAGGAUCUACUGUAAUUAAAGUCCAAAACACUAAUAUCAAGUCAAGGAGAAAGCUGGAACAUUAACUGUUAAGUAAGCUAGCAGGUUAUGCACAAAUUGGUAGUUACUGUUUGUUUUAAACUUUUGAGACGUGUUUUAACUUCUUUAAAAGUGCAUGAAAACGCUGACUGAAUGUAACUAACUUAUACAGGGGACACUCAAAAUAUAGUUUCCUCAUUUUAAAAUAAAAUACUUA